AUGGCGGAUAGAAAAAAGAAACUUCAACCAAGGUUCGUUGGACCCUUCAAAAUUCUUCAAAGAGUUGGAAAAGUAGUGUACCGACUCGAGCUACCAUCAAGUUUGUCCAGAGUUCAUGACGUCUUCCAUGUGUCGAUGCUCAAAAAGUAUUAUCCUGAUCCAACCCAUAUUUUACAACCGGAGGAGAUUGAGAUAGAUGAAGCACUCACCUACGAGGAGAAACCUGUGCAAUUACUCGACCGAAAGGUUAAGGAGUUGAGAAACAAACAAAUCCCAUUAGUGAAGAUUUUGUGGAGAAAUCAUGGAAUAGAAGAGGCAACUUGGAAGGUGGAGGAAGAGAUGCAAAAGAGAUACCCUGAACUGUUUAUUAACCCAGAUUUUUCAUGCCAGACCUUGUCUUCUGUUGGAAUUGAGCAGUACUUUGUUUGA